AUGUAUAUAUCGAAGAAGGCAUUAACAGAACAGUUUGAUCCCCGUAACUCUCCACGGGAGACAUACCUACUAUGCAAAUUGCAGUGGGGUGAGACUGGCAUUCCUUGGACACACUGGGUCAGAAAUGACCGGGAUAAUAAAGUCCAUGCUGAAGUCUACUUCCUGAAGAAUAUCUUUCAGAGGAGAAGAUCCAAUAAUUAUGUCAACUGUUCCAUCACCUGGUACCUGUCCUGGAGUCCCUGUGUGAACUGCUGCUAUAAAAUAAGGGAUUUCUUAAACAGACACUCAUAUGUGACCAUACGCAUAUAUGUAGCACGGCUUUGCUACAGAGGCUUUCACAGAAACCGUAAAGGUCUGAGGAACCUUGUAAGCUUGAGGGAAGUAACUGUUAAUGUCAUGGAAAUCAAAGACUAUGAGGACUGUUGGAAAGUCUUUAUCCAAGGAGAUGGUUAUGAUGAUUCCUGGACUGUGGGCUUUCAGCCAGAGAUAAUUAAGAAUCGUAUGAAACUCAGCAACAUCAAAGAGAAUCUUUAUUGA